AUGUGUAUAGUCAUGUUGUGGUUAGUGCUGUGUUCAGUCUAUCUGGUGAUCGUUCCGGUUGUAACGGCCAAUGGCCGACUACCCAACAACACGCUGCCAUUGCAUUAUGAUCUGCACCUAGAGGCGACGGGUCUAGGGCUGCACGAUUACACCUACCGGGGCAACGUGUCGAUACGGAUUGCCAUCGUUAGUGAUACGAACGAAGUGGUUCUACACAAUGUCGGCAAUACGUUAAAGUCGAUUUGCUUACGAAGAUGUCGUGAUGGGGAAGAAAUAUCGCACCAGUUACUAGAGAGCGAACCGGCAAGUGAACUGUUGCGCAUUCGUACCGAUCGAAUCUUGCGCCGAGCGGAUGAUCAGGUGAUUACGCUUACGAUUGUGUUCCACAACACGCUCGGUAAGGAUCGGAUGGGCUUCUACCGCACGCAGUACCGUGGGGCCAAGCGCAUUCCCAUGGCGGUAGCUACGACACACUUUCAGCCGAGCUAUGCCCGCCUAGCAUUUCCGUGUUUCGAUGAGCCGGGCUUUAAAACCACCUUCCAGAUAACGAUCGUCGCAAACGGUAGCCAUUUGGUAGCUUCCAAUGCACCGAUCGCAACGGUCACCUGGCUGCAGGACGGUCACAAGGCGGUACGGUUCGAGCGUACUCCUCCGAUGCAAACGUACCUCGUAACGUUUCUGAUCGCAAACUUUACGUCCGUCCACACGGCAAGUCCUUCUGGAGUGGAGAUCGGUAUACUGGCCCCGCCGAAGGAUAAGAAAUCGCUCCAAUUCAGCCUGCAAGCGGCAACGACACUGCUCUCGAGCUUGGAAGAGUACACCGGACAAAGCUUGGGCCUGCAGAAGCUAGAUCAUGUCGCCAUUCCACAGUUCGGCAAUGCCAUGGAAAACUGGGGCCUGGUUGCCUACGAUGAGCAGUUUCUGGUGCUUUCUGCGAAAGCUCACCGUCUGCAGCGCGCCCAAGCAGUGCUAACCAUCGGACACGAAACGGCGCACCAGCUGUUUGGCAAUCUGGUAGGCCCUGCGUGGUGGUCCUACCUAUGGCUUAGCGAAGGUUUUGCAACCUACUUUGAGCUCCUGCUGGGGGCCGACGCAUACCCGGACCUACUACCGCUGGAGGAAUCGUUUGCCGUGCGGCACAUGCAUCCAGCACUGAUGGCGGAUGCGUACGAACAGCAUCCCCUUACGGUGGAACCACUUUCGGCCAAUACGCCCGAAAUCGAGACACUGUUUGAUACGAUCACGUACAGCAAGGCGGGCUGCAUUCUGAGGAUGAUUAACUGUUCCAUCGGGGAGGCAGCGUUUCAAGCGGGCGUCCAGAACUAUCUCGAACAGCACCGGAAUGGUAUCGUAACGCCGGAAGAUCUGUACGCGAGUUUCUUCGUGCAGCAGCGGAAGGACACACCGACGGUCGAGCAAAUGUUCCGCAGCUGGGUAGACAAACCAGGCUAUCCGGUGGUGACGGUUGAGCGUCUGAAUGGUUCUUUCGUGCGGUUUCGGCAGCAGCGUUACCACAACCAGGAAGUGACCACCCAGGAUAUUACCUCGCGAUGGUUCAUACCGAUCACGUACUACACCAACAGCAGCCUGGGGCAGUAUGAGUAUCAGCCUGCGUUUUGGAUGAAAGAAACCGACCAGGAGCUGGUGAUCCAACUCGAAAUGAACACGCGGGAUGUUCUGGUGGUGAAUCCCCGCCAGAUCGGGUUCUAUCGGGUGGAGUACGACGAACGAGGUUGGAACAGUAUCGUGGACAACCUUACCACCCUACCGUCAAUCAUGCAGGCAAAGCUGAUCGAUGACGCGUUCGUGCUGGCACGGGCCGGCCUCGUCGGGUACGAGCUCUGUUUGGAGAUGCUGCAGGAGCUCGCCACAAGCCCCGACCCGGUACCCUGGUUGAUUGCGAUGGCGGAAGAGAACAUUGGCUACCUGCAGCGGGUCCUGCAGUCGGCAGAGUUUGAUCGCUUUUUGACAGGAUUUGUGGGCGAAAUGUUUGAUCUUGCCGGGAACGUGGGUCGCACGUUGCUCCAAUCUCAAGCGCUGGACGUUGCCUACGAUUGGUGGUCUCGCUUAGCAGCAAGCUUUAUCGAGAGCAAACGUGAAUCCAGCAUUCGUCCACGUGCCUGCCUGCCAACACCCGUGCAGGAGGUAGUGCAAGCAUUGGUUUCGCCCGACGAUCAUGUACGGGAGCGUCUUUUCGCCCGAUUAAAGUGUCUGCCGAAACAGUCGAACGAACCAUCUGUGUUGCUGCUAGCAUUGAACCGAAUUCGAGCAGCGAAUCUGCUUACCCCCGGCAAACUGUUUGCCGUGCUGGAGAGUUUGAUUAAAUCCGACCCGGGCCGGUUUCUACCACCGACCGUGCAGUUUCUUUCCAGCAUACCGCCGGAGGAGGCCGGCCCGGUAGCGGACCGUUUCCAGCGCUUGUUAAAUCUUAUCGUGCACGAGGUCACUGACCGUCGCCAGGCGGCGCAAGUUCGGAAGCUGAUGGUGAAAAAUUCUUCUAUCCUGCCGGCGAACUUCCUGCCGCAUGCCAGCACCGUGAUGACGUCAACUAUCAGCUGGCACAUGAAGCAGGUGCCGAAGUUAAGGGAGUUUGUGCACGAUUCCCAUAUGGCCAGCAUUUACGAGCGGGAAGGGCACCAAUAGGACCAGAUUUUAUGUAGGGUAAGUUGGAAGGUGGGGGGGGGGAGGUAUGGGUGGGCAGGUGAAUUAAUGAAGUGUGUUUUGUGCUCCUAAAAUGGGAAUGCUGUGGACAGGGCGCGCUGUAGGGCAGUGCGUACGUGAAAUGGGGGAAUAGUUUUGUAACACAAACGCGGAAAUUAUUUGUGUAAAGCUAAGCGAGUUUAAUAAAGUAGGUUUGUUUUGUUUUUUUUUGU